AUGGAGAUGACCUUCUUUUUGAUAAUUGGUGCGCUCAACAAGUAUCUGCGGUACCCCAAAUUCCAGUUCUGGUAUAUCUCCUUGCAGCUUAAGCUUUCGCUGUUCGUUUUCAUUAGAUCGCUUUGUCAAGCCAACUUCAGGCUCUACAUUGACACUCUCCACAAGAUGUUGCCUUGGUUUUUUGCACUCAAUCACACUAAUUAUGCAUGUUGGCUUCCCGUUCAUCUUCGGGAUACAAGUGCAGUUCAGCAGACAGCCCCAGGUGUCUUCCUUCAGUUUGAAAAGGGGUUGUUCACAGUCCACAAGUCUCCAAGGCGGUUUUCUGCUAUUGCUAUCUAUCAGGCGCACGAAGAGAACAAUGGGAUGGUCAAAGGGGAUGGUGGGGCUGUGGGCCUUACAGAGAACCCUAGUGCUCUCCGUCAAUGGAUGAUAUCAGGGCCGGAAAUGGCAAGACUUGUGAGCGAGUUUCAAGCUUCUAUGACAACAGAGGUCGAAGUUCAAGGAGCAGAUCAUCAUGAAGUACAAAGAAGCUCUCAAGUGUCAUUUUUCAAAGACAUGAAAUCCCUAGUCACAACGAUUAAGGAUUUUGGUAACCCUUUCCUGGAAGAAAGUGAAGACCUUAUCGUUAUGGACACUAAAGAAAUUGCUGGGGCAGCUGCAGUUACAAUUUUAUGUCAGAUAGAGGCCAUUGGUAAACAGCAGUUUAACCAAUUCAUAACUGAACGUCUUUUAAAUCGAACAAAGUCACUGUAUGAUCCUAUCAAGAGAAACAAAGUCAGUUUGUUCAAUUUUUCUGCACCAAAAGAAUCAUGUAGGACGUCACAGUAG